UAAUCGAGAAAAUAUUCAACAGAUUAAUCAUUAGUUGCAGCCCUACAAUAAUAUGACUUUAUAUGCCAAACAUGGUAACACUGCAUUAGCAAACCAGAAGAAAUAGAAGAUGGUUAAGGGAAUAUUUCUCAAAUUAUUAUGGGCUUCAUCAGUCUGUUUUUACAUCAUCCAACUUUCUUCAACUUUUUAGUUUGAGUAAGCUAUCUCAAUGUAUGGCAGUUCAUUAUUAAGAAAUAAUAUUUAAUCUUUCGGGGCAUAAAAGGUUUGGACGACUUAAAAUCACUCCUCAGUAGGAGCACACGAUGAGAACAAACGGAGUCAUCACUGGUUCUGAUGGUGUUAAACAGGCAGUGGAAUAACCUCCUCUGGGACAAUGAAAGUGGUAUAAUGCAUCAUACAGUGGGCUGUUUACUGUAUAUGAGGGUUACACAGUAAAUGUGCAUUACCCUUGGCUGAAGCUAAAAACUAGAAGCUGGAGUGCUAACACUUGAGUCGAGGUGAGAUAAAAUCAGGGCACUAAAGGUUUAGUUAAUGACUGGCUGACUGAACCAUAAAAGUUAUUGAGAUCUUACUUAAUCGAAUACCUGUUAGCUCUUCGAUGGGUUUGCAACACAGUCGGCGCCUACUUCACUGUUCUUAGUUCAGACUUUCUUGUUCCUUUAACGUGUUUGAGAAAAUAACGCUGCCUGUGACAAAAACUGUCAAUAAACUAAACGAGUUUAAAACAGCACCGAUAAACCUCCUAUGCUGUAUUUACUGUGUAUGUAUUAUUAGUGUGAGUCGUUGAGUCAAAAUUAGGUACACUUUAUAAAAGAAAUGUCUUGGUCCUGUUUAAACGGUCUUUCAGAAAGUUUGUGUGUGUGUGAGAUAUACACCCUAAAUGUAGGGCUAACCCGAAGAUGAUUAUAUAAUUGUGAAUACAAUAUGGUAUAACUUUUUUUCCUUUUUAAUGUUUGUAUUACUCUUUUUAUUUUAUUUAAAUAUUUUAAAUAAAAAAUGUUGAGUAUUUCAGGUUGUCACCUCAGUAUGGAGGCAGGAAAGGAAGAAAGCCCUUCUGUGUCAUCUUUAAAAGACUCCUAUUUACCUGCAGUGUGACUGAAUGAGCUCUACUGUACACAGCUUCAGUGAACUCUGACGUUAUGAGUGCACACUGAAAAGCUGUUGCACAUUCAAGGAAUUCAUCAGAUGAGAAACUGCCUCGGUGAGUACAGUUUAAAUUUGUUUUAAACUAUGCACCUUUUAGUAUUUUAUAUUAAUAAUGUAAGUUGCAUUUGAUCUGUGCUUGAAUAAAAGCAGCUAUUCUGUAAACACUUUCUGACGUUUUGUCUUUUUCUUUUCCACGAGUGGUCUGUUCUGGUCUUUAGACCCUCAGUCCUCUAGAGGGCAGAGUUGGAUGGUGUGAUAUUAAACUGCCAUAGCACACAGAAGACAUGCCUAGUGGGAAAAAUGCUACAGUAUCGGUGUUUUUGUUUUGUUUUUUUAAGUAAGUAAUGCGAUAAGCUUGUCCAGUUGAUUUAUGGUUGACGGGUGAGGAAUUUUAUGAGAUAUUAAACUUCUUUCUCACUAAUAUCAACAUUUGGUCUACGGGCAUUUACUCUUUAUCUUUUAAAAGCCAUUAAUACUUUUUAAAAAAACACCCCUCACUGUGACUGUACACUAUUACUCGGUACAGCGGGACCUUUAAAGUUGCUGUAUUAAGUAAUACUUUACAUUUCCUUUCUGUAAGGACACACAGUAGAUGAGAAAAGUCAACAGAAACGCAUUCAGACUGCCGUCUGGGAAAGGUCAAACCUCACCGGUCCUUCACCACUUAUAAAACGUACAUACGUGUGAGUGUGGGAGAAGAUGCUGCAAUGAAAACUGCAGAUUUCUUUUAGUUGACCAUAUCAAAUGAAAGGAGCACUUUUCAAUUCCUAAUUGUCUGCUAAAGUAAAUUUGAUGUUGUACGUGGCAACUUCAAAGCCUGACAAAGGGAAACCUUUUUUUUGUUCAAUCAGUUAUAUCUGCACUGUAUUAAAAAUCUGCUCCAUUUCCCCACCACCUAAAACUAAAACACAGAACUAAACAACCCCUUAUUCAUUUAAAAUGGAUUGAUCUUUUUUUAACACCAGAUGAUUAAAAAUCACAUAUUUUAAUAAAGCUGUAGGUUUGUUUUCAUCAGUGAUGUGUAGAACAGGCCUGUAAAUAUACAAUAGACAUUUUCAUCUAUUACAUUUUACACUAUGUAUCUAAACAUAUCUAAACUUUAUAUAGACAAAAAAUGGCAUAUACAGUACACAUUUAUUGGGAUCCUUAGUUACCUGUUGUUUAUGUGAAAUGUCUUUUUGUGGUUUGAGGCUUAAGGCAUUCUUUUCAUUAUUCAGUACAUUUGGAUACAUUAUUAACAAACCGUCAAUGGAAAAGGUGAAACUCAUUAUUUAGCAAUUUCUAUUCAACAACAUAUUAACACUGUUUAUUUGGGUGUGUUGCCUUUGAUGCUGAUAUCUGGUCCAAGUUUACUUUGAUUAAAGACCUGAGUAAACUCACAUAUGCUUAACACGUAGAUGAUUACCAUUAGAUUAAAGCACAUUAGGAAAAACCUACUCUGCCUAUUGUUUCUUUUAUCUGAAUUCACUCAUUCGACUCUGUAAAGUGGUUUCUUAUCAGUUGAGCUCCUCUAAGUGUUACUGUAAAAAGGAGUUGAGACUAGUUUUGACCUCUGUAUAAAAACACCACCUGCACUUCUGUGAGCUCUUUAUUGGGUUUUAGAAAUAAUGAAGUCCGCCUUUGUGUUUCUGGCCUUCUUGGCUGUAUCGCAGGGAAUUUUCAGGAUUCCCCUAAUGAGAGGGAAGUCAGCCAGGCAGCAGCUGGAGGAGAGAGGCCUGUUUGACGACUACAGGAGGAAGUUUCCAUACAAGCCAGCAGCAAAGUUUCUCCCCAGGAAUGAGCAGAGUGUGGUGCCCAUGACCUUUGACCCAGAUACAACAUACUAUGGCGAGAUUGGCAUUGGGACUCCACCUCAGUUCUUUAAAGUUCUCUUUGACACCGGCUCCUCUGACCUGUGGGUUCCCUCCAUCAGCUGCACCAGCUCUGCUUGUGACAAACAUGUGAAGUUCAACAGCUCAGCAUCCUCCACUUUUCAGGCCGGCACAAAGACUUUCUCCGUCUCAUAUGGCAGUGGAUAUGCAGCAGGGAAUACUGGAUAUGAUCUCAUAAAGAUAAGCAAUCUCUACGUGGAGCACCAGAUAUUCGGCCUCACUGUAACAGAGGAAGCUUUCCUGGGCUUUGUACCCUGGGAUGGAAUUCUUGGUCUGGCCUUCCCUGGCUUGUCAAACGAAGGAGGCACACCUAUAUUUAACAACAUGUGGAACCAGGGCAAAAUCCCACAGAACAUGUUCUCCAUGUACCUGAGCCGUUCUAUAGAGGGCAGUAUGUUAAUUCUGGGAGGAACUGAUUCCUCAUAUUACACUGGAAGCAUCCAGUGGAUCCCCCUGUAUCAGGCCACUAACUUUUGGAGCAUCCAAAUACAAAGCAUCACCAUCAAUGGGAACACUGUUGCGUGCUCAGGGAGUUGUGCAGCAUCAGUUGACUCUGGUACUUCUUUCAUCAUCGGCCCUAGCAAAGAUAUUAACAACAUCAAUGGUUGGUUGGGAGCCUUCUCAGAUCAGUAUGGUGAUGCUGCUGUGAGCUGCAGUAACACAGAUCUCUUGCCAGACAUUGUGUUCAACAUAAACGGCUACAGCUUCGCUCUCCCUCCAUCAGUCUAUGUCAUCAAGUCUGCCUCUGGGUGCAGAACAGGGUUUGCAUCUGGCACCUGGAUCCUGGGUGAGGUCUUCAUGCAGCAGUUCUACACCGCCUUCGACAUCAACAACAACAGGGUGGGCUUUGCUCAGGCUGUGUAAAUGCAUGUGAAAAGCUGGGCCAGUUUAAAAACGAUAUUAGCCAUUUGCCUAAGGCUCUAGUCUGAAAGUCUGCGAUAUUUAGAAACUCAUUUACUUUAUUUUGUAUCAACACGAUACCUGUGAAAGCAUUCAUAUCU